AAUUAUAUAACUUCCGUGCACGUUUGUCUAGUGUUUUUAGGGGAAAAAAUGUGUAUUUCUUUUUAACGGAUAUUUCUAUUGACGCAUGGAUAGACUUGAUAUAUAUAGACAAAACUUCAUCAAUACUUAAACUAGUGUGCCUACAAUUACCUCUAUACAGAUAAAAAUGACUUUUGAGGUGACCUUUUGUGUGCGAGCGGAGACAGACACCGGUGAUUCUGUGUGUCUUGUAGGAGAUUGUGAGAAGAUUGGAAAUUGGAAUCCACACCAUGCUGUCAUUUUAAUUAGAGUUUCAAGUCCUGCGCCAUCCAAGACAGCGAAUAACACUAGCAAUGGCAUGAAUAUUUGGAAAAAGACGAUCACUUUAUCAGAUGAUGCGAAGGAUUGUAGAUAUCGUUACUUCAUUGCUAGAAUUGUAGAAUCUGAUAGUGAAGAUUCUGAGAGAGUCGUGGAUGUUAUGAGAUGGGAAACAAACAUAAAACCAAGAAUUUUCUCUCCAAAAGAUUACCUGAAAGAUCCUGCGAUGUACGAGAAUACGAUAGACACAUUUGGAGAAUAUGGUCAGAAGAAGCAUGUAUCAACAGGAUGGUUAACUGAUGAAACAGAGAUUCACCUAAGACUGCAUAGUAACCCAAUAUAUAUGUGGAAAUCGAGACAUAGAACGCAGACAUACAGCGUUAAAUGUACACCUUUAGAUCUAAGAUUUAGAGAUACAAUGGAUGGGGACGAGGAAGAUGAUUAUCAACCAGAUACAAUCCCAACAGCGACUUAUACGAAAGUGCUUGUCUCUACAUUGAAAAGUGGCCAAGAGAAACCACAUAUACAAAAGACGUAUGGAGAGGUGUACAAUCCUGAUGACUUCAUGAUAUUUUCAGCAAGAACAAUCGAUCCUGAAUAUUUAGGCUUUCAGUUUAACUUCUUCGUACAUUUUCCUGACAAGGACCCCAAAAUUAUUGGAUAUAAUUACAUUUUACCAAUGGAAAUGAAGCAUACGAACGAUGUUAAGACUAUACCAAUAACAGGCCUUACACAUAAACCUUUUGGACAAGUAAAAGUGGAUUAUCUUCUGAUAAAACCUUUGGUUGGUCUACCUAUGACAAUGGAGGUAUCUUAUCAGAAUUACUGGAAGUUUGAAAGAGCUGCACUAGAUAUAGGACACAAAGGAAUGGGCUCGGCACAUUCCCCAAAAGAAUCAGUGAGAGAAAAUACGAUUGCAUCUUUACAGUCAGCAGGUAUUCAUGGUGCCGACUUUGUUGAAUUUGACGUCAUGUUGAGUAAAGACCUGGUACCAGUAAUUUAUCACGAUUUUCACGCGUUUGCAACAUACAGAAAGAAAAGGCGAGAUGAACUUGAAAACUUCAGGGUAUCAGUGAAGGAUCUUACUGUUGCUGAGCUUCAAUCUAUGCAGUUGUCAUCUGUUCAUGCUGCACACGAGAAGGACGCGCAUGCGUCUGAUGAGAGAUAUGAAGACAACGUUGAUCCAAAAGAAACACAACCGUUCCCUACCUUGAAACAAUGUUUUGAAGAUGUUGAUGAGCAUGUAGGAUUUAAUGUGGAAGUUAAAUAUCCGAUGCUUAGGAUGAAUGGAUUUAUUGAAGAGUCUAGUUAUUUUGACAGAAACAAAUUUGUUGAUAUAAUUUUAAAAUCAGUAUUUGAAAACGCAAAACAUCGACGAAUAGUUUUCUCAAGUUUUGAUCCUGAUAUAUGCACAUUACUGCGAUUAAAACAGAAUAAAUAUCCUGUUUUAUUGCUUACCGUUGGACGCAUACGGCAUGAUGAAGAGAGGGCAGAUCCUAGAUGUGUAUAUGUUCCGAUUGGCGUCAAAUUUGUCAAUUUUGCAAAUAUAUUGGGGAUAAAUGUAAAUUCAAAAACAAUACUUGAAAACCAUGAACUUAUCAAAGAAGUUAAAAAAUCAGGACAAGUGCUGUUCUGUUGGGGAGAGGAAACCAAUGAUUCAAAUGUGAUCAACAAGUUACGAGAAUUAGGUGUAGAUGGCAUUAUAUAUGAUAGAUGGAUGGUACAUGAGGAUGUUACAGAUUUGUGGAUUGUAAAUGACGCUAACAACAUCAUUGGAAUUGAUCAAUUGAAAAGCACGAAAGAGAAUGUAUUCAAGAUGGAAAAGAGAUUGAAAGAAAAACCUGUAGAUAAAGACAGCACGUGAUACACAAUAACGUAGGAUGUUCAAUACUAGUGGUCUUAAUAAGACAUAAAGCCAUCAUAUAAUAAGUUCAUGCUUAUAUGUUGUAAAAGAAAACAACAUUCCAAUACUUUGCUUAUCGGACAAUAUAUUCGACUAUCUUUUUCCCUGAAGUAAGGGCAAUGGUAGUUCUUGACUUGUUUGAUGUUUAGUUAUAGUUAUUGUGUUAAGCUUUCAAGAUCUAAUAUUUUGCAUUGAUAGAUAAUUAAGAUGCGAUGAUUUAGUUUUUUUAAAUGCUAGAAACAUGUGACAUACAGCUUACUGUGUUCCUUAAUUGUUAAAGGUUUAAAAACGAAAACAUAUAAUCAAUGGCAAUGAAUUUCGUCACUUUGAUUUACUUCAGUUAUAAGUGUAGAAAGUAUGGCUUACUCUCUUUAUAUAUUAUAUUUUAAAUUGAUUUACUUGCCUAUAUCAACAUAAAUACAUAAUUUCUAUGUAGCAAAGUAACAAAAUUCACCGCAUAUAUGUCCAAAUGGCUGUAUUCAGAAUCUCGUGUUCUAUUAUUUAUGGUUUAUGUUGAGUUGUUAUGUUUUGUUUUGAUUUUAACAAAAGUGUAUUUUUUACGUUGCAGUCUCAUUAUGUUAUGUAAUUAUACUUCUUUCUUUCAAUAGUGUUUGUAUAUAAUAUAUUAUAUGAUGCAACAUAUUGCAACUGUGUACCUAACAUUAUUUUUACACAAUCACAAUGGCAUAAUUAUUCUUUUUAUCAUGUGAUACAGUAUAGUUUUAUGUUUAUGAAAAAUUCAUUAUUGAAUAGCAGUGUCAUCAGUGUAUAUUUUUAUAUAGUAUCGAAAUGCUAGACAAAUAAUAAAAGUUUCAUUUAAAAAUUAUUCAUUAGGAGUGCCAUAGUCUAAAAUUCAUUCAAUUUUGAUGUGUUUGUGUUCCAAAAAUAGUUUUUUUUUGUUGGAUAAAAAGCUCCUGCGAAUUUGUCACGUUUUAAUUUGUUUAUUUGUUUCUAAAUGCCGAAAAUUGAAAGAACUCAAAAAUUAGUAGUUUGUUGUAAAACUGGUACACACCGUCUUGUAUUUGAAAAUUCCAGAAUAUUAUUUUGAAUAAUUGAACUCUGAUUACAUUGCAGUUUUUGCAAAGUAUUACAUAUUUGCAUGAUGUACAUUUCCUAUGCAUUAAGAUCUAGCACUCUAUCAGAUAAAUACUCAGAAUAUUUUUAAUAUAUGUUUAGUGACAUGUUCAAAAAUUGUCCAUGUUUUUUUUAUAUUAGAUAUGAAGGCAUCAAUAAAAAUGGCGAAUCUCGUUUUAAUUUUUUUUUAUAUAUUAGUCAAUCAAAUGUGUUUUUCUUUGUGAUAAAGCAACAAACGAAUAUUUGAGGUAAAUGUGAACAUGUGUUUUAGUUUUUGAAUUCCUAUAUCGAAUUAAAUUAAACACUCUACAUAGUUUUUCGUUAAAAUUGUUUUUUUAUCAAGCAAAAUGUAUUCUAUUCCAUAAGUAAUAGCCCUGUUACAAAAAGAACACGUAACAUAACCGUCAACCAUCCUUCUGUUUUAUUCUGUUUUAAUAUUCAUCUCUUUUUUUAAUUUCAUUUUUAUGUGUAAUGGGCACAAAAGUCAUUGCUUAGUCCGUACAUGGGUUCAAAUCAUUUUUUUUUCCAAAUGAAGUCUUGAGGAUCAUGUUCGUAAUUUAAACUGAAGGAACAAAGGAAGUAUAAGAAGCAUUGUUUUUUCUGACCUAGUAUGAUUGAUUUUACAAAACAUAGAUUUGGGGCUGAAAUAUCUUAUUUUCUAUAUAGAUGAAAGAUUAAGGGAAGCGAAAGUAGUUAAUUGAAGUUAUGAUCAUUUUAAUAUCUGCUAGACAUAGGUUGUUGAUCUCAACAUAUGAGAUGAUGUUUGAUGUUUCUGAAGUGUACACAUGAUGGAUUUUAUGAAACUUUACAAUAGUGAUACAAGAUUGAUUUAUCCAACUCAGUCUUUGUGUAUGUUGAAACAUGAAAUUUUAUCAAUAUUUAUUUUAUUUACAAUAUGAGUAUCAUGUCGAAAUGUCUUUUUAUAAACAGACUUAAUUAAAUUACUGUAUUUAUUUA